AUGCCUCCCUCUGCAAUGCCACCGAUAAUGGUCGCCCCACAAGGAAUGACAGUGUCAGCUACAGUGCCUGUCACAACCGCAAGCACGACCCAGACAACACAAGGGACGACGGUGGUAGAUACAUUACCCGCUACAUCGUCACUAACUGCGCAUACAACUGUCACAACUACAGUACCGUCCACAUCAGCAAGCACGGCACCGACAACCGUCAUACCUUCAACUACUACGCGCAGACAGCGAAUUUUGGUCGGGGCCGACCCGGAAUUUGAUGACGGCGAUUUCGGAGAUGAUGAGAAAAAUGAAGAAUUUGAUGCUGUCUUAGCCGCGACGCGCAGUGUUAGGACAAGUCGUACUACCAUGACCAGCACGUCUACGCCCACAACUCUAGCAAAGGAAUCUAGCGAAGAAUCCUCCGAGGAGGAGGAGGCCAUGAAAACGACAAUUCGUACAACUACCGCUGCUGCGCAGGACGAAGAGCUAGAGCCAACCACUCUUUCCUCCAAUGAUGCUUUCCGUGCAGCUAUCAAAGAGCAGCGAGCGGAAGCAUUGAGAAUGAGAAAUCAAGGUGGUAAUGACGAAGAGAAUCCAUCUGCUGAUCUAAAAGAACCAAACUCGGAAACGAUCAAGAAACUUGAAAGAGAGAUGAAAGCAAAAAGACGUCUGGAACGAUUGAAGCCCAAGAAAACGGAUGAUAAAGGCGACGAAGAAAAUGGAGGAGUGAAUAGGAAAGGAAAGGCGAAAGUGAAAAAGAUCAAAACGAUCAAAACAACCAAAGUGAUUGUCUCCAAUGAUAACGAUAAAGAAACUGAUGUCACAACAUCUAAAAGUUCCCAAGAACAAGAUGAAGGAGAUGAAGAAACGCGAGAGGAGAGGCAUGAAACUAAAUUGAAAAAGAAAUUAGUCAAGAAAAUAGAAGAGGAGGUGGCGGGGAGCAUCGACGAGGAACCGAUAGGAGCAGGAGCGCAACUAGUAACCGAUAUACCCGAGGAGCCCAUCCUUCAAACAGUAGUGAAACACACGAAGAAGAUUGUAGUGAAAAUAAAAAAACCAAACAAGGGAAAAAGCAACAAAAUGGAAGAGAUGAAA